AUGUGGGAGAACUUCGACUUCGAUUUUGACAUAAUCGGUCCCAGAAGAUCAAACGAGUUCCUCUGGACAGGCCCGGACAAAUUUCACCUUUUGUUGAAACAAAUCUACAUCCAAAAUUGGACGUCGCUCUCUCUUAGCUGUCUUGGCGUGGCAAUUCUGUCCUUGUUCAAUGAACUUCUCGCUGAGUGGUGCUUCAAACAAGAACAAGAGCUAAUCAGAAGCUAUGCUCUUGGAAAACGCCGACCAUCAGUUCAACAAAUGGCGCCAAAACAAAUCCGACAAUUUUCCUUCAUAUCCUACAAUCACCGAUAUAUCUGGCUCUCCUGCGUCUAUUCAUUUCUCAAACUUGUCUCGCAGACAAAUAUGCUCGUGAUGAUGACGCUCAAUCUGUAUCUGAUUUUGAGCUCAAUUUUCGGAGCUUUUCUUGUUAGAUUUUUUAAGCCUGGCUAUUUGAACUUCUUAUAUUUAUCAAAAAAUAAGGAAGAUGAUGAUGGAAGGCGAGUUACUGAAUCUACAUUUAUUCAAUAA